AUCUCUUACGUAUUCCACAAAAUUUUCCUGAAUUAAUAAAUAUUCUUUUUUCAUCCCAAUAUAUCGAAAAAAAUUGUUUAUUCGAUAAUAUUUGCGCGAGAGUCUUUCAAUAAUAUUUAUCUCGCGCCGUUGAAUCUUCUUGCGCACGCGAACCGGAAAAACGGUCCGUUACGUCACACGCAAACGACCGUUGCGCGUGCACUCGCAUCGCUGCGGAUGGUUUUAGCGAUUACACGCGAGUGUAAUUGCACGUUGCACGGGCGAAGUCGGCGAAACGGGCGUGAUCUUGGCCUCGCGAGGCUAACACAACUCGGGCCUUUCGACUCCGCAGAAUUGCCCGUGAGAUGCGCGACGACGACACUUGAUCGCCGGCUGAUAAUGGAUGGAGGUGAGCGCACGAGUGCAUUUCGCGUCGACGACGACGACGACGACGAGCGAGUAAGACGACUUUGCAUAAUCCGCCGUGCGAGCCGCCUCGUCGGCAACGAAGAAGCGGAGGAAGAGAUGACUGUACGCGGCGCGGCGAGGACCGCGUUUUUACGACGACCGGUCGCGCGAUCGACCGCCGCUCGAUAGAGAAGAAACCCGACGACGAUUUCCGCGGAAAGGAAUCGAGGCGCCGAGACGGAAUUCUCGUCGUCGAUUCCGCGGGAAACUGAAAAGUCACCAGGACCGGUUGACCGGCGGCUGGAUCGCGCUGGUUUUUUUCAUUCUUUUCAUAACGAUGCGGAAUACCAGAGGGGAGGAAGUGCAUCUCGUCGAAACCGGAGCAAGGUGAUUAAUCACCUACCGCCGCGAAUGCAUUGACCAGUCGAUGCAGCUGCACCCGCGUGCCGCGACUCGCCCACGUAAUCUUCUCGGGUCGACUCCGGUCGUCCCCGAAGCCGGCAACGCGCGAUCGGCGAGACACAAGGAUCGCAGCGUAGGACAGUCUUUCGAACGAUAAGAUCCGCAACAGCGUAGGUGAUGCGAAGGUGAGAGAGAAAGAGAGAACGCGAGAUAGCGCGACGACGGCGACGACGAGGCCAACGUAUGACCCAGAUGCAUAGGAAACAAUCGCGUAAAAACGACAAUAAUAACGACGCUACAGAUAAGUGCAAAACUCGACAAUAAAUAUGUAAGACUGAUAUCGCUGGACGAGGAAAAGGAUAACACUGCCCCACGUAGGAAGGAGAUAGUGAAGUAUUGAUUGCGCGCGUGAAAUAUCCCCUUUUAACUCUCGUAUGGACGAAACGUUUCGUCGUUCGAAGAGACUUCGCGCCAGUACGCAUCGCGCAUCUUCCCACGAAGAGAGCACUUUGAGAAUAUACGGAUGUACUCCGAUAAUCGAUUAGCUGGCGAAUAAAGGGAAGAGAUAUGGAGAUCGCGAACAGCUCUUCCGAACGCGACUUUGUGAAGAUCCCUGCGACAUCGUGCGCGAGUUCUUAGACGAGGAAAGUAGCUGACGAAGAAACGAGAAGAGAUGUCACUGAAUCACAGAUAUUACGUAACAACGAUACCGGACGAGGGCGAGGACAAUUUUAAAAUGCCCAGGGCUUCCGUGGUACACAUGGCAUCGACGGCGACGAGACCGCAGCACAUGUCACAGGUUCUGGCGACCCUGGCACUAUCAAUGGGAACUCUUUCCUCCGGCUUGGCCAAGGGUUACACCUCGCCAGCAUUGGAUUCCAUAUUGGAUAACCAGCCGCCCCAUCUCUAUCAAUCGUCCAACAACGACACAUGGUCGGCAUUCUCGGUCACGCAACAGGAAGCCUCAUGGGUCGCGUCGCUGUCUAUGCUGGGCGCGUGGUUCGGUGCCAUGAUCGGCGACUGGAUAAUGCGCAGGGGUCGACGAUUGGCUCUACGCGUGACAUCCUUGCCCCUGGCGGCGGCCUGGAUCCUAACCGGCGUUGCACCGUGCGUGGAGCUGGUGUACGUCACUAGUUUCAUCGGCGGGCUCUGUUGCUCGGUCAUCACCAUGGUAGCUCAGGUGUACAUAUCGGAAAUCUCGAUGCCGGGUAUCCGGGGCUGCCUGUCGGCGAUGCUGAAGGUGCUGGGUCACGUCGGUGUCUUGCUGUCGUACAUAGCCGGCACGUACCUGAAUUGGCGGCAAAGCGCGCUGCUAGUGGCUGUCGCGCCGUCGAUGCUCUUUUUGGGGACCCUCUUUAUACCCGAGACACCGUCGUAUCUCGUGCUGAACGGCAAAGACGACGAGGCUGCCAGCAGUUUGCAGUGGCUGCGUGGCGAACACGUUGAUAUACGGCACGAGCUGCAGGUUAUUAAAACAAAUAUUCUGGCGUCGAGGGCUAAGCAGUACGAGCUGAGCUUCAAGAACAGCGUAUUUACUCCAAGAUUGUACAAGCCCAUCGCUAUCACGUGCGGUCUGAUGUUCUUCCAGCGAUUCUCCGGCGCGAACGCGUUUAAUUACUACGCGGUGCUCAUCUUUCGUCAGACUUUGGGCGGGAUGAAUCCUCACGGAGCGACCAUAGCGAUCGGAUUUGUGCAGCUGCUGGCUGCUUUAUUAUCAGGAUUUUUGAUCGACAUCGUCGGUAGACUGCCGCUCCUAAUAGCCAGCACCGUUUUCAUGUCUCUCGCGCUCGCCGGUUUCGGCAGCUACGCGUAUUACGUGUCGCAAACGCAAAAUUUGGGCUACGUGGACUCGGCGGUGGUGGGCCAACACGACUGGAUACCGCUACUCUGCGUACUCGUGUUCACGACUGCUCUCGCUUUGGGCAUAUCGCCAAUUUCUUGGCUAUUGAUUGGCGAACUAUUUCCCUUGGAGUACCGUGGCCUCGGCUCCAGCAUUAGCACGAGCUUCAGCUACUUUUGCGCGUUUUUUGGUAUCAAGCUCUUCAUGGACUUUCAGCAGAGUCUCGGUUUACACGGAGCCUUCUGGUUUUACGCCGCCGUUGCGGUCUGCGGACUGUGCUUCGUGGUGUGCUGCGUGCCCGAGACGAAGGGCAAGCAACUGGACGAGAUGAAUCCGGAUUACGCGCAAGCUCGGUAGUAUAAGGCCUCGCUGACGGGCGGCCUCUCGAAUCUCGAAAAGGCGAACAAGCCUUUACCGGGCGGUGCUUAUCCGAAUGAGCACGAUCCGCGAGAUCUCUAUCGCAGCAAUGCGCCGAUCGCGACCUCCAGCAUCGCGACGCCGUCGCCCGCGCGCACAGCUCAUCGCAAACUAUCGGAUUACUGCGGCAUCUUCGCCGAGAAGACAAACAGGAUCGGCAAAAAUGUGGAGAGCUUCAUGCAGUCACGUGGUCUGUUGCCGAUUCGUCGUACGGUCGAUGAAACGACGCAGCCGCGUCGCGAUCCUAUCGGAUUCAACGGCGAUGUGAUGGCGAAUGAUUUACCGCGAGUCGAUCGACAAACGCAAGAGGGCCACCGCCGUCGCGACUGCGAUUACGAGAAUCACAGUUACGAGCAGCCGUGCGGAAGCAGCGCGCCGAAGAAGCGCGUGGCGUACUUCAACAAUAGCACUUAUCCCCGAGAGACGCGACCUAACGUGAAUUACGUUCAUCGCUCGAAUGAAACGGAGCCGCGUCGCUCCAGAAGACGCGAAUACGCGGAGGCGUAUUACGGCGCGGCGGACUUUUGGGUACGAGACAGUCUGGCGAGCGGUCCGAGCGUCUCCAAGCCGAUUCUAAGAAACGGCAUAAAUCACGACGGCGACGAGAGGUUGUACUAUUCAACUCUGCCGCGGCGCGGCCGGACCAUCAAUUUUCAAGAUCCAGCGCGCGGCUCUUCGGAAGGACGACGCCCGUAUCCGAAGAGCCUGCUGGAUUUAACGGAUUUGGAACUCGACGAUGUCGCGUGUCUCGCGUCUCCGCGCGGCCGGAAUGGCUACCAAGAGGAAACAUUCGACGAUUAUCUGCGAUCACGCGGUAGGAAUCGUCGAGAGGCGGACGAGCCGCUCUUCGAAGACGACUAUCUGAAACUCUGCAGAAACCUAUCGAGUUUGGACAGAUAUCCGCGAGGCGAUGGUAGAUACGAGCCGGGCCAGGUGCACUACGAGAGGGAAUGCAGAACUUUCGGCAAGGACACGGUCGCCUUCAUCUAUUACAAAACGUGCUAUUUGUGAUUUAACGAGAGAGCGCAACACGAACGAGAGUUCUCUCUCAUCGAUAGACCGUCCAUCGAUCCGCACGGUUCACGAUCUCACGCAGAAAUUUCCACGGCCAACUGGCUGUCCCGAAUCCUUCUCCUCGAAUGCAUUUAACGAGCGGAAGAAUUUUCUAUUCGAUCGGGCUAGAUUUUUGCGAAUUAAGCCGAUAGUUAGUGAAUUUAUCAGUAGUGGAUAGAUUGUACUACAAAAAUUCCCCUUCCUCGUCGGAUUCAUAUCUUCCUGAUGACAACAUAUCUUUAGAUCUCAAAAAAUACUUGUGUAGAACAAAUCUACAAAGAAAAUGAUCGAAUAACCGAGUCACAAAUUGCCUUCGUGUCUGGCUUUAAUGAUUAUUAAAUCGUUUCUCGACUGAUAAUCAAGUUCAUCAUCGAGCUUUAUAUCGUUACUUCUACGUAACUCCUACUAAAAAAAAAAAAAACGUAAGAUAUCUCUUUAGAAAUCAUCCAAUAGAAUUGAGCGCAAUUUAGAUUCAUAAUUUGCGGCAGAAUUCGAAAUAAAAAUUUAUUAUAUUUAUCAUUUUAUGUGAUAGAAAACAUUUGAAGAGAAUCAGAAACAUACAUAACAUAUCACUGAUAUAUACUUUCUAUAUGUGCGUGUCCUGAUUUUUCAAAUGUUACCUGUGUAUUACAUGACACAUAAAUUAUAAAAUUUAUCCCAAAUUUUGUCAGAAAUUACAGAUUGCCUAAAAUCGAGAUAA